CUUUUUUUUUUUUUUUUUUUUCCCCCUCUACAAACUGUCCCUGUUGUUAACUCGACAAAAACAAAACAAGAGUGCGGACAGCGGCCGGUAGGCGGCUCGCUCGAGGCCCGGUCCGCUUACGUCAGAUAGACUCGUCGUCGGGCAAAAGGUAGAAGAGUGAGCCGGAGCGACACUGACAACUGAGCGCGGUUCGCUCGCCCAUCAACACGCCGAAGCGGAGAUGCUACGCGGCUAACCGCGAACGAGUCGAGGCCGCUAGCCUUCCUGCUAACGACGCAGCGGAAGUGCUGCUAGCCCACUGCUAACAGAGUAGCAGCGAGCUCGCUACGGGGAAACAUCCGCGUCAAGCUCAAACUUUGAAGCCAGCCAGCUAAGCCAAUUUGGUUGACACGACCACGACCGGAAGUGGAUUUGUUGCGCCUCGCCUUGUUGGGAUGGUCACCUCUCAACUUCCGGUCCGUAUAAACAAAGUUUGUCAAUGAAGCUUGUUUUGUUUUUUCGUUUCGAGUUUGGAAGGCAGACGAACCCGUGCGUGGGCACUUGAGGGGCAACAAUUAAUUGACUAAUUGAUCACCAAAUUCAUCGACAACAAUUUUGUUCAUGAAAUAAUCGAUGGAGAGCUAUUGUUCAACUUACAAUUGUCAAAGUCCUCUGAUUUCAGGCUCUCACUGGUAAAUAUUCGCCCAAUUCUGUCGUCCCCCAUGAAAGCAGACUAAUCGUUGUUUUUUCAAAAUAAAACCUUUGCAAACAUUCGCUUUUACUUUGAAAAACAACAAUGAACAUUUUUUGCCGAUUUUCUGAUGGAUGUUACGGACCAAACCAGGAACUGAAUCAGAAUCAAUGUAUGGAAAAACUAUGAUAAACAGAAAAUAAUGGCCAUAGUACGAAUAACAUGUCAUUGAUAUGUAGUUGAACCUAAAGCGGCCUCAGCUGUGAUCAUCGAAUUAGUCGCUGAGAAGUUGCUCUCGCUUUCAAAAAGCUUGCGGAGGACAACACAAGGGUCGCGGUGCUGGUGCCUAUCCCAGCUGUCGCCCUCUCGUGUCAUAUUGUGUCACUUAUACAAGAAUCUGCUAAUAAACAGCAAUCCGAAAAAAUGAUUUUGCAAUCAACUUAAUCGGUGGAAUAAUCAACAGAAUAUGUGAUUGGAAAAAUAUUGCACGGUGACAGCUCAAGAUGGAACCCCGACCCCUGACCCUGACGCGUACAAUGGAUGUGAAGACGCCACAGCGAGGAGCCCUUAACUGAAGCAGCUCUCCGCCCAACGUCGUCAUGGCGAGCCGCAGGAAGUCCAGCACGCCGUGCAUGCUUCCGCCUCAAGACGCGCUCCGCUCGGACGGCGACGCCGCGGACGCGGACGGCGUCUCCCGGCCGCUGUCGGCGGAGGGAGGAUACGAGUGCGAGUGCUGCGACUUCAGGACCAAAACGCUCAACCUGUUCACCGUGCACUUGGCCUCGGAGCAUCCCGACGUGGACGCCGACGUGUGCGACUACCGCACCGGGAGCUACGACAUGCUCGCGAAGCACAACGCACGGCGUCGCCCGGGCCAGGACAAGUUCACACACACAGUGGCGCGACGGAGCUCCCAGACGGACGACCGGCGGACCCUCGACGACCCGGCCUCUGAUGACCGCUCGGGCGAGACGGGGGACAGCGGGGCGGAGUACGACACCCGGCGUAAAGACGCGGCCCCUCGUAAGACGGAGGAUGGCGGGAGCGAGGGGCGUAAAGGGAUCGCCCUCAGCAAGAUGCCCAUCAUGAGGAGCCGGGCGGAGCCCAAGAAGUUCACCGCCUCGCACAAAACGCUCGCGGAACAUGUCAUCAAGGUGGAGAGCGAGGACGAGUACGAAGAUCCGCCCGCUCUGUCACCUGCCCCUCCGGCCCUUGUGACCGCCCCCCCUCCGCCGGGCCCCGUGUCUGCGCCGCUUCAAAUCCAGGCGGGGCCGCAGAGUUUCGCGGUCAACGGCCACAACGUGCUGCAAAUCAAAGGCGCCCUCCCGGCCGGCGCCCUCCCGGCCGGCACCCUGGCCCAGGUUCUGUCGGCGUUGCAGAAGCAGAAUCAGAGUCAGCUCCUUAUCCCCAUCAGCAGCAUCCCGGCCUACAACGCCGCCAUGGACAACAACGUCCUUCUGCUGGGCGCCUACAACAGGUUUCCCUAUCCGUCCCCGUCGGAGAUUGUGGCGCUGGCGUCGCAGACCAAGUUCAGCGAGGAGAACGUCAAAGUGUGGUUCUCCGCCCAGAGGCUGAAACACGGCGUCAGCUGGACGCCGGAGGAGGUGGAGGACGCGCGCAGGAAGAGGUCCAACGGAACCGUCCAGACGCUCCGUCAAAGCGUCCCUCAGACGAUCACCGUCAUCCCCGCCAACAUGGCCGCCAACGGCGUGCACUCCAUCUUCCAGACGUGUCAGAUCGUCGGCCAGCCGGGCCUCGUCUUGGCGCAGGUCGGCGGCGGGGCGGCGGUCGCCAAUGUUCCCGUGGCGGCCCCCGUUGCGCUGACCGUCGCCGGCGUCCCCGGGAACCUACGGAAAGCCGCGGAAGCCUCCGCCGAGUCCCGCGCGGAAACGUCAUCUUCGUCCGCCGCUUUGGACUCCGCCUCCAAACCCAAAAAGUCCAAAGAGCAGCUGGCCGAGCUGAAGGCCAGCUACGGCCGGCGUCAGUUCGCCACCGACGCCGAGAUCUCCCGCCUCAUGCAAGUGACGGGGCUCUCCAAGCGCGCGAUCAAGAAAUGGUUCAGCGACACACGCUACAACCAGAGGAACUCCAGGGACGUGCACCACGACAGCGGCCGAGCCGACAAAGACGACGCCCGCGACGACCCCGCUUCCUCCGCAGCCGCCAUCGUCAUCGACUCCAGCGAUGACGCGGGCGACUUCUCGCCGACCUCGGCCCCCGCCUCCCGGGAACGCCGCGCCAAAUUCCGCCACGCCUUCCCGGAUUUCACGCCCCAGAAGUUCAAGGAGAAGACUUCGGGGCAGCUCGCCAUCCUGGAGUCCAGCUUCCGCAAAUGCGACAUGCCGUCCGACGACGAGCUGACGCGCUUGCGGGCGCAGACCAAGCUGACGCGGCGCGAAGUGAAUGCCUGGUUCAGCGACAGGCGCAAGGGGGCCGCGCCCCCCUCCCCUGCCUCGCCGCCCCCCACGGGUCGCAGAGUGCUGAAGAAAACUCCGGCGCAGCUCGACAUCCUAAAGAAAGCUUUUUUGCGCUCGCGGUGGCCCACGGCCGAAGAGUACGACAAGAUGGCGGAGGACUGCGGUCUGCCUCGCAACUACGUGGUCAACUGGUUCGGGGACACGCGAUACGCCGCCAAGAACAGCAACCUCAAGUGGUUUGACCUCUACCACAGCGGCAAGGUGGACGAGACCUCGCUGGACGGACCCGCCAGGAUGCCCAAGAAGCCCAGGAAGCGUUUCCGGGGUUGGUCCAGGAGGACGCGGCGGGCGUGCGCCGGAAAACCGGACAUGCACGCGCCCGGCGAGGCCAAGAGCGCGAAGGCCUUCCCGGGGACCUACUUCCUCCAGCGGCGAGUCGGGAGCGAGGCCCGCCCGGACCACUCGGCGUCCAAGUCGGACACGAGCGAGCGGCGCCCGGCCGACGAGGGGAAGGAGCGCCUGCGCGACCACCGACGGGAAGGCGAAGAGCGGGAAGAGGAGGCGGCCAGCGAAGGGGGCGCGGAGGCAAAAGACCUCCGCCGGGACGCCGACGAGGAAAUGAUCCAGGAACCGUCUCCUCGCGGGAGCCAAUCGGAGUGCCAAACAUGUCCGACUCCCGCUCCAGUAGGCAGUGCAGACAAAAAGGUAAUUGAAAGCUUUUUUUCUCUCCACGUCCCACGUCAGCAAUUUCAACAAGGUAUUCUUACAUUAACCGUUAUAUUUCAAACUUUGCUGCAUUUUAUGCGCAAGGUAAUAAAAACCCGGACUGUGGAGCAAACGCUAGAGGAGGAGAAUUUGGAGGAAAAAAGUGCAAGCGUGGGAGGCCCAUUUGUCCAUCCGUUUCUGGCUCAUGUCAAGUCCGCACAUGAAGCCGAUUUGGCUGCAUGUAGCCCACAUGGGACUGCUGAGGACCAAAGAACGUUAAUCAGCUGAAGACAAACUCCCUUUCUUUCUCCCUUAAUCGUUAACCUUAACCUUCAUUUCAAAACUGCAUUUUGUGGUCACUUUGUCUUUGACGAAUAUUGACAUUUGUUGUUCGGGAAACAUUUUAGUGGGACAAACUGGCAAAGAAGAAAUCCCUUUUUCACGCCACUGCGUGUGUGUAAAAGCAUACGGUUGAAAUCAAAAGGUAGGUUGCAUUUCAACUUCUGCACCAGCUGCUCGGCUCGCGAUGUUGCCGCGAGACACAAGCGCUAAAUACAUAUUUGUUUUUUGAACGGGCGACAAUUAUCUGCAUUUUUUCGCCAUUUGCGGUCAGGUCCCGUCCCUGUCCCCCCGCCAAUAGCGGCUUCCCCGUUUUUCAAAUUGACAGUGGAGAAAAUGCACAAACAAUUGAUUGUGAAUCACUUCCUGGUGUGUUCCGGAACAAAAAUGUCGAUGAUUGUUUACCAAAGGAAAAGCAAAUCAGUCUGCUUUCAUGGAGGACGGCAGGUGUCGGAGAAUAUUUGCCGUUGCCGGGUUCAAAUUCAGAGCGUGUGGGCAAUUUUUAGUUGGACAACGGCUCUGAACGAUUCAUCGAUUGCCGAACUAGCUUUCGAUUAACUUCAUAAUUGAGUAGUUGUCGAUUAAUUGCUGCACCAAAAAACAAUCGCACGCACACUCUCUGAGCACCGUGUGCGAGUGUUGUCACGGUACGAAAGGCCGACGUGGCGGCUAACAAGUGAUGAGUGGUAGAAAAUAUGAAAAAGAUGGCCCACUUUCGGGGAAGGGUGUUGAUGGAGGAGGGCGGGAGGAAACAUUUCAGGCGUCCGCCUGCAGCAUCUGCAACACGCGCCCGACAAAACAAAAGUCUCCAUUCUCACGAGCGCUGACACAAACUGAGUAAAUGGCAACAUUGCGGAGUAACCGCAACAUUGCGGAGUAACCGCAACAUUCCACUUGUGAGACGAACAAAAAGCGAACUCCACGUUUCAUGUUGGGUGACGGCGACGCGCCUUACACACGUUCUCCGAUAUCGACGAGAUGACGACACUCGCGCCUGACGUCACCUGCACAUCAUCUUUCAAAAAUCCAAAUCCAAAAAGUUUCAGUACAACUUUUCCACAAAAGUUGCUCGGCUCACGAUGUCCCCACAAAACAAAACGAGCCUCAGUCUCACAAAUGUACACAGUGACAAACAUACAAAAAACGUACACAACACACACACACACACAGAGAUGCACUCAGACACAAAUCACACUGACACAACCCUACACGUAGACACAAAAACGCACAAACUACAACUUACAAGGUAUACAGAGGCAAAGACACACACACACACACACACACACACGUGAACACGCAUGUAGGAAAACACGUUGGCAUUGACACGCACGCACGCACGCACGCACGCACAGUGUGCGUUUACCUCGGAUGACCCUGGCUGUGCGCGCGCGCGCGUGUCUGUGUGUGUGCGUGUGUGUGUUAGCUUAGCUUCGUCACACGUCGGCGUCGGCGUCCACCAGGAGAGCCGCUCGAGCGCCACCACAAGCUCGCUCGCUCGCCGGGAAAACAACCGGAGCGGCUCGUUCCGCUCGAGCUAAACAAGUUAGCCUCGGCGGCUAGGCGGCUAACGGCUAACUGUCGGGAAAUGCACUUUCACCGGCGGAGGUGGGCUAGGGUGGGGGGCGGUAUUGACCAAAGUUGCCCCCUAGAGGAAAAGCGGCGCGCCAACAGAACAACUCUCCCCGCGCGCCGACGGUCGCUCGUCCGAGUUGGAGGCGAGCAGAGCAGCGACAAGUUGCUGAACGUCUUACCUGCCGGGGAGCUGUCGCGCGUGUCGCAGCCAAAGAUUGAAACGCGCGAACGCGCGCGUACGCAAGCACGAGCACACAUUUAAAAAAAAAAAAAACAACUACUUGCGCUGCACGACAUUCCACGUGACCUACUACGUCACGCUUAUUUGCAUGUUUACAAAAUUGAAGGCCUCGCGCCCUCCUCAGUUCGUUUUUUUUCUUUUAGCUUUAUUUUUGAUUUAUUUUUAUUAUAAAAUAAAGAUAUACCCCUCC